UAUUAAUCAGGGGUUUAAUUGUUUUAAUAUAUAAUUUAAGUAAGUUAGUUAAUUUUUUAAACAAUGUACGCGGCAGCUGGAGGUGCGUCUCUGGCCAGCCGCCAGGCCCGACAAAAACAGCGUCAGCAAAAGUCAAAGCAGCUUAAAAAUGCUCAAAAGGCCUCCGAGUUUCCGCCGAAAACGCCACAAGCUAAACAGUUCCACAACUACACCGAUCCGGCGGUACCGCGGUUGUCUCGCGUGGAACGAGGUGCUUUAAAACCUCCCGGCGCCAACGAACGCCGACACAGUACUUCGAAUUAUCUGAAAGAACCCCAGGCGAGGGCGCGAAUACGCGAAAGCCCUUCCAUAUCCAUUCCCGUACAAUCAUCGCAAAAUUUACCCCAACUGCCUCUGUCUCCCACCACCUUGGUGCAGCACAACCACGUGGAAUCUACGUACUCGCUGCAAGGAGGUCAACUGCCGCAAAUAUUCGUACCGGACGAUGCCCCUCCGGAGAGAAGGUGCAGUUUCGUGCGCCAAGUGGAGGAGGUUGGAAAAAAGGAGGAGGAUGUGCUGGACAGGUGUCACCAUCUGUGCAAUUUUGAGAUCAGAGAUGGGCCGUGGGAAACGCACACGCAAUAUUACACGGAUUUGGAGAAAGAGAUGUAUGGAAGUUUGGAUUAUCCUUUCUCUGAGUGUUCGCAAGGCCGCACAGCAUGGCAAGAACGGGAAAGAGGAAGGCGCUGUUCACUCUCCGAAGAAGCGCGGCAACACCGCAUCAAGCAGACCGAAGCUCAUCAUCGAUGGAUGAAACGCAAUCGGAUUCACGACACUACUUAUGGUGGAGGAUCUGACGAAGAAGGAGAUUACGUAGCUUUCCAUCAGAGUGCUGCCGCCAAUGCCCUUUUGUACGUCGGUUUGGGUACUACAGCCAUAGGAAGUGUUAUAUUUUUCGUCGGUACAGGAGAAAAAGGAUUUAAGACGUUAGAACUGAGACUUAUAGGGCCUACGUUAAUAGUCGCCGGUCUACUUUGCUGUCUAGUGAGGGUUCUUCUGUGCGCAUGUCCGACUUCGUGCUUUAGGCCUCGCAGUAAAACGAGACUCAAAGACAAUUUAUGUCCGCACAAAAAUAGCAGACGUCGUCUUGCCCAACGAUAUCCGGAUGUUCCAGAAUCCGUCGAUUUUGUUCCGGCAGAUAAAACAGCCCUGCUUCACAAACACACCCGGAAAAAAGUGUCGAUAGUACCUCCGAACUACAGUCUCCCGAGCACCAGUACGAGCGAAUUCAAGGAUCUGCCUUCGUUUACUCAGGAGUCCGAGAUUAGGAAACUUAGUAUACCCCAGAUUCAUCUUCCGUCUCUUCCCGAUUCCGAGGAGCACAGUAAGCUGUCAAGGGACGACAGCGUCAUCGAACUAACAGCAAUGGACCUAAAUUACGAUGUCCAGAGCGUCUCUAGUAAUGAGAGCGAUGAUGAGGAUGGUGGUGGACUCAAUGAUCAAACCGAAGCCAACAAAUUAUGUCAGCCGGGCAGCAAAUUGACGAGGCAACGUGAACCGGCGGCGGUGUAUAGCGGCAACAGCGCAAACGUCCAAUCCAGACUCUUCUCGGAAACUUUGAGCGUGGUGAUCGAACACAGUGACAACUCGACAGGACCGGGUAUUAGUGGUGAUGGUGGUGGUGAAGCUACCGGUAGCGGUAGCAGACCCGACGAACUAGUGACAAAUAGGAGAGAUAACAGAGCUCCCAGUGAUAAACAUAGCGGUAUAGUACUGAGCCCGCUACAACUUGGACAAUAAUCAAUGUACGUCGUAGAAUUUUUGUGCAGUGCGCGCGUAUUUUCCUUUUGUAUGGAUUUUAUUUCCAAUGGUUGCUAGUUUUAAAUUAAAAAUUAUUAAUAUCUUUAUUUUUCCAUCAUGUUUUAACUUACAAUUUAAAUCAAUUUUUACCUAUAUACACUCAGAUG